AUGUAUCGGAAGUUGUCUAAGUUAGAACACUCGGAAAUAAAACAACUUCUUACAGAAGCUAAUAUAGAUGUUGCAAAGCAUUACGCAACAAACAAAAAAGCACUCGCUGACUUCAUUAAAGACUAUAAUGGUGCAAUAAGUUAUGAUAGAAUUCAUGAGUUCAUAAAGCCGCAACGCGGCGAGGACGAAGUCCAUGCAAUAGCAUUUCCUUUAAAUGACGUUGCUAUUGACUUAUAUCAUAGACGUUCAGUACCUCAUGAAGUAAGAAGAGAGAUGUUUGACAUAACAAAUGCGAACGUUGGUCAUACUCGUAAAGCUCUUUCGCAUGAAGUAAGAAGAGAAAUGUUUGACAUAACAAAUGCGAACGUUGGUCAUACUCGUAAAGCUCUUUCGCAUGAUGUUCGUCAAGAGAUGUUUGACAUAACAAAUGCGAACGUUGGUGAAACAAGAAGAAGAGACGACACACUGAAACAACAGAGAAGAGAGAUGUUUAAGAGCGCUAUAGAACAAGUUCGCAAAGCUAACGAUGUCAUUCGUUCCAUUGACGACAAACCAAAAGAAGGUGAGAGAUGGUUAAAGAAAGAUGAAGAGAAUAGGAAGAGAAAUGUGAAGUCAGGCAAUAGACUCAUUGACUUUAACAUCGAAGCUUUAGAUGAACCAAACAGAGACUACUUACACAAACAUUUCGGUAAGGUUUUCAUGAGACUCUUAGAGAAAAUUAAAAUAAACUCACAACAGAGAUGGAUGGUAUGUUAUAAACUUGGUGGAAAGUAUGAAUGUUCUAC